ACCACCCACGAUUGCCCAAGUCAAGCCAAUAGGUCAACCGAACCCAGAAACCUCCAAGAGCCGCAGAGUCGGUGGUCUUCGAUCGUCAUCGCCGUUUCACCCAUGGCUGGACCAUCUUGGUUGGUGGACAAAAAGAGAAUCGCAACAAAAAUCAGGAGUGCAUCUGCAAGUGAUCCUGGAAGAAUCAAAUGGCAAAGCAACCCAACUAGAGCUUGCCCAAACUGCCAAUAUACAAUCGACAACAGUGAUGUUUCUCAAGAGUGGCCAGGAUUACCCAAGGGUGUGAAAUUUGAUCCAACAGAUCAAGAGAUUAUAUGGCACUUGCUUGCAAAAACUGGUGCAGGGGAUUUGAGACCCCAUCCUUUUAUUGAUGCAUUUAUCACAGAUUUUGAUGGUGAUGACGGAGUCUUAUGUUCUCAUCCAAAGAAGCUGCCUGGUAUCAAGCAAGAUGGAAGUGUAUCCCACUUCUUUCAUGUAGCAAUUAAGGCUUACAACACCGGUACUCGAAAGCGUCGAAAAAUACAUGAUGAUGAUUAUGGUGAUAUCCGCUGGCACAAGACUGGAAGGACUAAACCAGUGAUCCUGGACGGGGUUCAAAGAGGGUGCAAGAAGAUUAUGGUUCUGUAUACAAGCACGGCCAAAGGAGGGAAAGCUGAGAAAACCAAUUGGGUCAUGCACCAGUAUCACCUUGGAACUGAUGAGGAUGAGAAGGAAGGGGAGUAUGUUAUUUCUAAAAUAUAUUACCAGCAACAGCAAGUCAAGCAAGCUGAUAAAACUGAUCAAAAUUCUCCUGAAAGUAGUGAUCCUGUGAUUCAAGCCGACCCGGUUACUCCUAAGUCAGUGAUUCCGGAUCCUGUGAUUCAAGCCAACCCGGUUACUCCUAAGUCGGUGAUUCCUGAAGCUUUGAACCCUGAUUUUAAUUUGGUAGAAGAUAUUCCUAUUACUUGCGCAGAACCCAACUCAGUAACUCCUGAACCUCCGCGCCCUGAAAGGAGACAAUCUACUCUUGGUUUUGGGGAAGGUACUCAUAUUGCUUCCACAGAUCCCUUUCUUCAGAUGCAAAUGAAUCAUCAUGAUAUGGACUGUUUUGAAGAUGAAGUUCAUCAUGGAUAUGAACAGUCUGGCUCUCAUGAUCAACACAGCGUAGAGAUUCCAAAUGAUGAAGCAAUAAACAAUGAUGUAAACCAUACUCAGGAAGAUCCAAAGUGGUGGGACAGUGAGUCACAGAAUCUGCUAGAUUCACAACAACUCGUGGAAGGCUUGUCUUUGUGUGAUGAUCUCCUUCAGAGCCAAUCUCCAAUUAGGGGUGAACAUGGAAAUGAGCCAGCACAGAUCAAACCAUGUCUUGCUGAUUAUGCUAAGCUAGGAGCAGAAAAUCUAAAGAAGGAUCUAGAGGAGUGCCAAAAUAUUACCCUCGAUCCUGCUAACAUGGAACUUGGAACACCUCCAGAUUUCCGACUUAGCCAGCUUGAAUUCGGAUCACAGGACAGUUUCCUUUCUUGGGGUGGCAAAUUGGCUGAGUGAUUUGGUCGCAUUAGUAGUGACCAUCUUUUGAGUAGACCAUGCCUGAUAAUCAUCUCUGCUGAGUGUCCAUCUCUAACCCUUUGUAGUACAGCUUGAAUUGACAUCUGGUGGUAAAGUACCGCCCUUUUUGUAAACUUUAAGUCACAAAAAUUUGAUAUUCAAGCACUGAUCAAAACUUGCUCUUUUGCUCCCUUUGCGCUUCAAAUUACAUAUCAGAUCAGGUUUCGGGUUUUCCUUGUAACUUCUGUAUUCUAAAG